CAUACUUACAUUUUUGCAUUUAUUUUAUUAAGACUGCCAAGCUGUCCUAUAUUGGGGUACCUCUGUCCAGGACAAUGUCCUCAGGAUUAUGGAGCUUUGCUUAUAAUAAGUUGUUUGAAUAUUACAAUGUGUAUUAGGAUUAAGCUAAACUUGACCAUUUAACGAGGAGUUCAGAUAACCUCUUUCUUAAAAUGCUUCAGAUUGAUGAGCAAUGAAUUAAUGUCCCACUUCGAUAUGAAGGGACAGAGGAGCAAACAUGCCUUUGCUACCACUUUUAGUAGAUUCUGACUGUUAAAUAUAUUUGCCUGUGUGUUACUGUUAUAUCCUACAAGCCCACAUUAUGGAAACAUAUAUUUUAUGCUUUACAGAAAGUGUCAUGAAAAGCCAGAAGAGUCAGGAGGUUGAUGUGUUUGGUUCCCUCUGGAAAGUCCUAAAAUAUGCCCCUGAGCCGUGUGGGAGAAGGACGCAAAAGGACCACUCUGCUCCACAUCUGACCCAUCACACCACUCUUCAAGAGGACCACUAUGCUCCAGAUCUGACCCAUCACACCACUCUUCAAGAGGACCACUAUGCUCCAGAUCUGACCCAUCACACCACUCUUCAAGAGGACCACUCUGCUCCAGAUCUGACCCAUCACACCACUCUUCAAGAGGACCACUCUGCUCCAGAUCUGACCCAUCACACCACUCUUCAAGAGGACCACUAUGCUCCAGAUCUGACCCAUCACACCACUCUUCAAGAGGACCACUAUGCUCCAGAUCUGACCCAUCACACCACUCUACAAGAGGACCACUCUGCUCCAGAUCUGACCCAUCACACCACUCUUCAAGAGGACCACUCUGCUCCAGAUCUGACCCAUCACACCACUCUUCAAGAGGACCACUAUGCUCCAGAUCUGACCCAUCACACCACUCUUCAAGAGGACCACUCUGCUCCAGAUCUGACCCAUCACACCACUCUUCAAGAGGACCACUCUGCUCCAGAUCUGACCCAUCACACCACUCUUCAAGAGGACCACUAUGCUCCAGAUCUGACCCAUCACACCACUCUUCAAGAGGACCACUCUGCUCCAGAUCUGACCCAUCACACAACUCUUCAAGAGGACCACUCUGCUCCAGAUCUGACCCAUCACACCACUCUUCAAGAGGACCACUAUGCUCCAGAUCUGACCCAUCACACCACUCUUCAAGAGGACCACUAUGCUCCAGAUCUGACCCAUCACACCACUCUUCAAGAGGACCACUCUGCUCCAGAUCUGACCCAUCACACCACUCUUCAAGAGGACCACUAUGCUCCAGAUCUGACCCAUCACACCACUCUUCAAGAGGACCACUAUGCUCCAGAUCUGACCCAUCACACCACUCUUCAAGAGGACCAUUAUGCUCCAGAUCGCCUUCUGUGCUCAGAGGUCCUCUCGCCCAUCACACAGCUCUUAUUAAUAAUAAACAAUUAUUUUAUGCAGAUGUAUGAAAAAUUGUUACGUAUAUGUAACAGUAUAACUUUAGACCGUCCCCUCGCCCAUACCCGGGCGUGAACCAGGGACCCUCUGCACACAUCAACAACAGUCACCCACGAAGCAUCGUUACCCAUCACUCCACAAAAGCCGCGGCCCUUGCAGCGAUGGUAUGUGACUGACUACCAAUUGGAGAUCACGAAAUUAGGGAGAGAAAUGGGUAAAAAAGUACUCCCAAAUAUUUGUUUAUCUUUCACUGAUGACUCUGGAAACAUGUAAGGAAAAAUGUUUUCAUUAUCCAACUUUAUCCUCUGCAAUACUUAUUACAGUACACUCUUAGGGGGGGAAACGUGUUGUUAUUCGGCUGUCGCCAUUGGAGAACCCUGUUUGAUUUCAGGUAG